CUUGGAAGAGAUCGGUCGCUGUACGAUGGCACCACCACCACCGCUUCCAGCUCAGCCACCACUGGCCACAAGAAACCCUGGCAGUCGCAGCUCUGUGUCAGGAGCGAGCAGUGGUGGCAAAGCAAUGGCAAGACCUAAAGCAGCCCCUCCAAAGCCACCCACAGCCUCCCACAAAAGUGACAUCUCCCAUGCUUCCGUAGGAAGUGUGUGUCUCCAGAGCGAUGUCAUAUCUAGUCCUAAGGUAGCUGCCAGCCUGCUAGGAAGCAACAACAACAAUGCAAAUAAGACUCACUCCAGUGUGCGGAGUGAUAAGUCACAGUCGUCCACUACGGGAGCCAUAUCCACUAGUCCAAAGUUCAGCGCCAGGGUGAUGACUUCCACCGUGAGUUGUGAUCAAACUAGUCACAAGCAGGAAAAGACACUGAGCCUGAGUAGCAACGCAGUAACCGCAGGUAGGUUGUCAAACACUAGCGUCCCAAAAGAGCUAGGUGAAGCCAGUAGACGCAGCAGCAGGGCGGCCGCAGCCAGUGCUGCAGUUAUCGCAGCUGCCAGUAACAAGACAGACCACAGUGUGAGGCGACAGUCUGCUCUGAUUCGCAGUACUAUCGAAAAACUCAGCGCAGAUGCCACCAAGUUCGAGCCGGCCGAACUGAAAACGACGCACGACUCGAGGCCCCCCACGACUGCUCUACCUAAGAAGACCUCGCCAACAGAGCCUGCGAAAAGAUUUGGCGGUGCCGUGAUAAAGAAGAAUCCGCCGCCACCGUGCGAUGUCUCGAAGUCUAACGCUCGUCCCGUCUCUCCUGCUCAUUCUCUCGUGAAAUCUCGCUCGCAGUCUCCAGUCGGCGAGACCAACGACGCAAAGCCGAGUCCAAGGAUGUCGAUCGCUUCCGUUAGUGACCUACGGAAGAACUUUGAAAGUUCAGGAUCGCGUGCCAGAAAGCAGGAGAAUGCAGGUAAGACAGGCGCCGUCCUGAAGGACGUCAGCAAGGAUGCAAAAGCAUCCGCAUUGCCAAAAAAAGAACCGAAAGCAUGCGCCAACAUAUCAGCGAAGCAGGGGAGUAAAGCCGCAGCAUCUGCUUCAAAAACCACCACCACCAGAGUGACUCCAGCACAACAAAAGCCUCUUGCGAGUGCCAAUACUGCGACGAAAACUCCCGCUAAGUCAGAGGCGGGUUCUUUAAUGUCUGUGAGCACGCAGGGCUCCCCAAAACGAGAUGCCCGUGGUCCCAUGGCGCGGGCUUGGCUCAGUCGACCGUCGACGCCUGAAGCGAAACAUGCGAAGCAGGAUGCCAAGACAAAAAAAGGGUUGCUCGCAAGCGUUGGCCGGUCGCUUGACGCAGGAGAGAACAGCAGCAGAAGCGAGAAGGGUUUCUCGCAGGCCGGCGACUCAAAGAUGGCGGCGAGCACGUCAAAGCCGCGCGCGACGACGACCUCCGGCACGGGCAACGCCGCCGCACGGACAGCGCCAUCUAGCGAGAAGCCAUCGUGGCUUCACGCAAAGCAGACGAGCAGUGAGUCGCUGCAGAAUGAGGGUUCGCACGGCGAGGCGUCCAUGUUCCGCAGCACGCGCCAGAAGAGCAGCGACUGCAUCACCAUGCGGCAGGCGAAGCUAGGGGGCGGCGGCGGCGAGCGGACGAAGCCCCGGGAGCGGUCGCUCGACUCGAUGCCGGCGCCACCUUCAGUGCCGCCGCGGCACGGGCCGCAGCAGAAGUCUGAAGUUGUCGUCGAAGAGCGCCACGCUGUCGGCGACGCCGGUGGAUAA